CAACCACAGUGUCAGACCAUAAAUAAAUAAAUAAUAAAAAAAAGCAAGCCGUCUUUGCCUUCCGCUUCAUCCUCUCCACCCAAUGGCCUCCUAAAAUUGGUGGAGGCGGCAAAUCCAGUUUCAGCCAUAAUAAGCAAAGAGGGCGGGCGGCCUCUAGGUCAUGAGCGGCGGCGAGCAGAAGUACUAUUGGGGCGACACCCCAAAUGAAGAAGACUACUACCGAUUUCAAGGUGUCCGCUCCACCUCCUCUCUCUACACCUCACCUCGCUCCCUCUCUCUCUUCACCCGUUCAUGGCUUCCUCUCUCUUCCUCUACUCGAGCCAUCAUUCUCAUGCUCCAUGGCUAUGGCAACGACAUCUCGUGGACAUUUCAGGCCACUGCGAUCCACCUGGCUCGCAAUGGCUUCGCUUGCUUUGCACUCGACCUCGAGGGCCAUGGCCGCUCUCAAGGCCUCAAAGCCUAUGUUCCCAACCUCCCUUUGCUUGCGCAGGAUUGCCUCUCCUUCUUCAAAUCCACCAUGGCCUCUAACCCUGAUCUUGAAAAGCUGCCAUCGUUUCUUUUUGGAGAGUCCAUGGGUGGGGCGCUAUGCCUCCUGAUCCACUUUCUCGAACCCGAUCGCUUUAAUGGAGCUGUGCUUGUUGCCCCUAUGUGUAAAAUAUCAGACAAAGUUAGGCCCAAGUGGCCAAUUCCUCAAGCCCUAACCCUAAUUUCAUGGUUUUUUCCGACAUUGCCGGUGGUGCCUACAGCGGAUUUGUUGGAUAAAUCAGUGAAGGUUCUGGAGAAGAGGGUGGUGGCAAGGAGGAAUCCAACGAGAUAUGCAGGGAGACCGAGACUUGGGACUGUUGUGGAGCUUUUAAGGUUCACUGAUUGGUUGAGUGAGAGGCUAUCAGAGGUGAAGUUACCAUUUCUUGUGGUGCAUGGAAGUGCAGAUGAGGUUACCGACCCGGAAGUGAGCAGGUCGCUGUAUGAGGCGGCGAGGAGCGAGGAUAAGAGUAUAAGGGUAUAUGAGGGAAUGAUGCACUCGCUUUUGUUUGGGGAGACUGAUGAGAAUGUGGAAUUGGUGAGGGGGGAUAUUUUGGCUUGGCUCAAGGAGAGGUGCAGAGAGGAAGGGGAGAAUGAGAGAGAAAUGAUCAGUUGGAUCUCAUUGUAAAAUGUAAUGAAAUUCAUGGUAUGUAUGUACACUUGAUUUAUAUGUACCUGCUUUAUAUGUACCAGUCAACAGUUAUUCAUUUAGAAAGACUGAGGACGUGAACACGAGUCUUCACGAUGAGAAAGUCUGAUCACUAAUAGUGACUGAACUCUUUCUUCAAAACUGUUGGACUGCAAUAAAAUACCAUUUUAAAUCAAAGAUAAGAGAUCUUUUGGUAACUGGGUUUGUCUGGGUUACUACUUACUAUGUAAAAUUCUUGUGGAUCAUUGAACAUGAA